AUGUCUUCCCGGACUCCAUUUUCCGGCGACGACGAUGACGAUAUUGUUAACGACGAUUUCUUAAACUUCCCAUUCUUCGGUGUAAACCUCCCCGCCAGAAUCAGCCGAAAAUACGACGUGUUCUUGAGUUUCAGAGGCGAAGACACUCGCGCAUCUUUCACUUCACAUCUUUAUGCCUCUCUUCAAAACGCCGGAAUCAUAGUUUUCAAAGACGAUCAGUCAAUUCAAAGAGGAGAUCAAAUCUCAGAAUCACUACUGCGAGGGAUAGAAGAUUCUGUGAUUUCUAUUAUUGUGUUCUCCAGAAACUACGCGGAUUCUCCGUGGUGUCUUCAGGAGUUGGUGAGAAUAAUGGAGUGUCGUAGAACUGUAGGUCAGGUGGUUCUUCCUGUGUUCUAUGAUAUGUAUCCGUCGGAAGUUCGGAGGCAGACAGGAGAGUUUGGUAAAGCUUUUCAAAGUCUUUUAAAGAGAUUUUCGAUGGAGGAUGAGUUGUGUAUGGAACAAGGUUGGAGAUCGGCGCUUCAUGAGGCUGCUUGGCUUUCAGGGUUUGUUGUCCUCAAUUCCAGGGAUGAAUGUGAGAUUGUCAAGAGUAUUGUUGCAAAUGUUACACGUUUGCUGGACAAGACAGACUUGUUCAUUGCUGAUAAUCCGGUUGGAGUAGAAUCUCGAGUGCAAGAUAUGAUUCAACUUCUAGACUCUCAACAAUCCAAUGAUGUUCUACUACUAGGGAUGUGGGGAUGGGUGGAAUUGGUAAAACAACCAUUGCCAAAGCCAUCUUCAACAAAAUUGGCUGCAAUUUUGAAGGAUGGUUUAAAUGAUGAUACAGAGAAAGAAAUAUUCCUUGACAUAGCUUGUUUCUUUAUUGGAAUGGACCGAUAUGAUGUUAUUCAUAUAUUAAAUGGUUGUGGACUUUUCGCAGAAAUUGGAAUAUGUAUCCUUAUUGAGCGAAGCCUUGUAACGGUUGAUGAUAAGAACAAGCUUGGCAUGCAUGAUUUGUUGCGAGAUAUGGGAAGAGAAAUCAUUCGGGAAAAGUCUCCAAAGAAGCCGGAGGAACGUAGCAGGUUGUGGUUUCACGAGGAUGUGCUUGAUGUAUUAUCAGAACAUACUGGAACAAUUGAUGUUGAGGGACUGAUUUUGAAGCUUCUAAGUCUUAGUGCACAAUGUUUCAGUACUAAAGCAUUUGAGAACAUGAAGAGACUCAGAUUGCUUCAACUUUCUGGUGCACAACUUGAUGGAGAUUUUAAAUAUCUUUCAAGAAAUUUGAGAUGGCUGUAUUGGAAAGGAUUUCCUUUAACAUGCAUACCUUCAAACUUCUAUCAAAGAAAUUUAAUUUCCCUUGAGUUAGAAAACAGCAAUGUCAAACUUGUGUGGAAAGAGAUGCAGAUGAUGGAGAAGCUGAAAAUUCUCAAUCUUAGUCAUUCUCACUAUCUGACACAGACCCCAGACUUUUCAAACUUGCCUAAUCUUGAAAAGCUAGUACUCAAAGAUUGUCCUAGGUUGUCUGAGGUAUCCGAUAGCGUUGGACAUCUCAAUAAAGUUCUUCUGAUAAAUUUGAAAGACUGUAUUGGCCUUCGUAAUCUUCCAAGGAACAUCUAUACGUUGAAAUCCCUGAAAACUCUCAUUCUAUCUGGAUGUUUAAUGAUUGACAAGUUGGAAGAAGACUUUGAACAGAUGGAAUCUUUAUCCACUCUGAUGGCAGAUAACACAGCUAUAACAAAAGUUCCCUUUUCAAUAGUAAGGUCAAAAAGCAUUGGAUACAUUUCUUUGUGCGGAUACAAAGGAUUCUCGUGUGAUGUGUUUCCUUCCAUCAUUCAGUCUUGGAUAUCACCAAUAAAUAAUCUCUCACCCCCUAUUUUAACAACUACCGGCAUGUCAUCCCUUAUUUCUUUAGGUUCAUCCAGCAGCUGUUUCCACGAUCUAUCAUCUAUUACCAUUUCCAUUCCAAAGCUUCUAACCCUUUGGCUAGAGUGUGGAUCAGAGUUUCAACUUUCACAAGACAAAACAAGAAUUUUAAAUGCUUUAAGUGCAACAAAUUCUAUAAAAUUGGAAUUGGAACACUCAAUUGGAACUACGUCACUAAUAUCAGAUGUGAAGACUUCAUUGUUAAUUGAAUGUCAGAGUCAAGUGCAUGUUUCAACAUCGAGAAAUUCCUUGAAGUCUCUUAUAAUUCAAAUGGGAAUGAAUUGUCUAAUCACUAACAUUCUAAAAGAGAGGAUCUUACAGAAUUUGACGGUUGAUGGAUGUGAUAAUUUUUUGCUACCUGAUGAUAACUACCCAGAUUGGUUAACUUUCAAUUCAGAAGGUUCUUCUGUAAUUUUUGAAGUCCCUCAAGUGGAAGGUCAUAGUUUGAAGACAAUGAUGUGCAUUGUCUAUUCUUCAAGCCCAGAUGACAUAACAAUAGAUGGCCUUAAAAAUGUGUUGGUGAUUAAUCACACAAAGGCCACCAUUCAACUCUAUAAGAGAGAGGCUUUAUCGUCCUUUGGAAAUGAGGAGUGGCAGAGAGUGGUAUCAAGUAUGGAAACUGGUGACAAAGUGGAGAUUGUUGUCAUUUUUGGGAACAGUUUCGUUGUGAAGAAGACAGCGAUAUAUCUCAUAUAUGGUGAACCAUUCUGCGAAAAAACGGACCAAUUUCAUGCACCAGAUAAGAGUGUUGUUGCUGGCGAUCAUGAAACUGAUUGCGCUGCCAAGAGGGUCUCUCCUCAAGUAGAGCCCACAGAUGAUUUUAAACAAAGAGAGAAAAGAAGAAAACACUGCUUAAGAGAGACCUGCACCCUUGAUGUUGAGUAUAGGAGCAUCUUGCUUAAUGCAUACAUUGUUUCGUUCAACUUCAUCCCUACUGCAGCUGGAUUGGAUUCGUCGGCUGCAGGUUUUACAUGUCCAGGUCUACAAACCAAUAAACUGCAGAGAGACUCCUAUUGGACAUGUGCUAGAACACAUUCAUAG